AUGGCUCCCACAUGCAUUGAGCGACGGCAUCCGCCAAAGACGCCUGGACAUCUGCACUCAGCUGCUCUUCAGAAGCUGCAGAUUCGAGUGGCUGGACACCAUUGCAUUGGAGAUGAAAAAUGGGUCCUAUUCGUCAACCACACCCACAAACGCGCGUGGUGCGCUGGCGAUGAAAUGCCGGAUCCUUUCGUGAAAGGUGGAAUCUAUGAGAACAAAGUCAUGCUGAGCGUCUGGUGGGGAGUUUAUGGAAUCUACGGUUCCGAACUGCUGCCGGACAGCACGACAGUUACUGCCGAGGUCUACUGCGCUCAACUGCAAAGACUGGCCGAUAAGAUCCGCAAGAGCACCUGA